AUGGUAAGUUUGUGUUAAUAGUUCUAUUGGUAGCAGCCCCAUUCCAAAUAUAGGCAAUUUUUGUACUGCCUUAUUUUUAUUAUAUAUUUUUUUUUUUAAUUUUUUUUUUCAACAUAUAUAAAUAUAAUUUUAUUUCCCACCCCAAAUUGAUAUUUUGUUUUACUUAGGUUAUUGCAGUUAUGUUAAGAGAAUAUAAAUUAGUUGUUGUUGGUGGUGGUGGUGGUGUUGGUAAAUCAGCAUUAACUAUACAAUUGAUUCAAUCUCAUUUUGUGGAUGAAUAUGAUCCAACAAUUGAAGAUUCUUAUCGUAAACAAUGUACAAUUGAUCAAGAACAAGUACUUUUAGAUAUAUUAGAUACCGCAGGACAAGAAGAAUAUUCAGCAAUGAGAGAACAAUAUAUGAGAACAGGUGAAGGUUUUUUGUUGGUUUAUUCUAUAAAUUCAAGAAAUUCAUUAGAAGAAUUACAAUCAUUUUAUGAACAGAUUUUACGAGUAAAAGAUCAAGAUCAAGUUCCAGUCUUGGUAGUCGGUAAUAAAUGUGAUUUAGAAAUGGAGAGACAAGUUUCUUAUGAAGAAGGUUUACAAUUGGCAAAUUCAUUUGGUUGUCCAUUUUUAGAAACUUCAGCAAAGCAAAGAAUUAAUGUUGAAGAAGCAUUUUAUGAUUUAGUAAGAUAUAUUAGAGAUUCAAAUAAGAAAAUUGAACAAGAAAAGAAUCAAGCAGAAAAUAAAAAUGAAGAAACUUCAAAUAUAAAUAAUAACGGAGCAAUACUGAGUAAUCAAAAUCAAAAACAACAACAACAAAAAACACAACAAGCAACUUCACAACGAAAGCAACAACAAUCAAGUACUAAACCUGAAGGUAAAGAAAAAUCAGGUUGUUGUGUGAUAGUUUAG